AUGGAUCCACUUAAAUCACUCUCCAACUCCAUUAUGAUAAAAAGUUUGAUAUUCAUGAUCCUCCUCUUUCUCCACCAAAAUUCACAAGCACAUGAAGGAGGAAUUGUGGAGGUGAGGCAAUUGCAACAAAAUGUAGAGCAAUUCAAGGGUCAACUACGACUCCCAAAAUUUGCCAUCCCCCACAACUACAAUAUAUCUAUCAGUGUCGACUUCUCUCAAUUUACUUUCUUGGGUGCGAUAGAGAUCACAAUAGACAUUGUCUCCCCUACGAAAUACCUUGUACUUAAUUUUGCUGACCUUGUAAUUGAGCAUGACUCUAUUUGGUUCGGUGGUGGUCUUGGAUGUAACGGAGAGCAUCCCUCAAAUAUUGUCGAGGUAAAAGAGGAUGAGAUCUUGAUUAUAGGGUUUGAUGACAUACUUCCAAUUGGGAAAGGGAUUCUUGGCAUUCGAUAUAAUGGAACCAUAAAUGAUCAAUUAAGGGGGUUUUAUGGAAGCGCCUAUGAGCAAUAUGGAGAGAUGCAAACUAUGCUUGUGACCCAAUUCCAGCCUACAGAUGCUAGACGUUGCUUUCCAUGUUGGGAUGAGCCGGCAUUCAAGGCCACAUUCAAAAUAGCUUUGGAAGUUCCAUCCAAUUUAGUUGCCCUAUCAAAUAUGCCAGCGAUAAGUGAAAAGUACAAUGGGCUUGUCAAGACAGUAUAUUUUCAAGAAUCUCCAAUUAUGUCUACCUACUUAGUUGCAUUUGUUAUCGGUUCACUUGAUUACAUAGAGACAUAUUCACCUGAUGGACUAAAAAUUCGUUUGUAUGCUUCUGUUGGUAAAAGUAAUAGAGGAAAAUUUGCUUUAGAUCUGGCUGUGAAGACAUUAGAUUUGUACAAAAGAUAUUUCUCUAUUCCUUAUGGCCUUCCCAAGUUGGACAUGGUUGGUGUUCCUAGUCUAAGAUGUGAAGGGAUGGAGAACUAUGGAUUGAUAAUAUAUAGAGAAACAUAUUUAUUAUAUGACGAAUUGCUCUCAUCUCAAAAGGAUAAACAAGAGGUGGCAGAUACUGUAGCACAUGAGCUAGCCCAUCAGUGGCUUGGGAAUCUUGUGACAAUGGAAUGGUGGUCAGAUUUAUGGUUGAAUGAGGCAUUUGCCACAUGGAUGGCCCAUUCAGUAAUAAAUGAUUUCUUUCCUGAAUGGAACAUGUGGAUUCAACUUCUUGAUGAUACUCUUGAAAGUCUAGAGUUAGAUGCAUUAGAUGAAUGCCAUCCUAUUCAGGUGAAUAUGACAUAUGGUAUUGACCCAAUUGUAAUGUUCGACCCAAUAGUCUACAACAAAGGAGCCAUUGUUAUUCUAAUGGUUCAAAGUUACCUUGGACAUAUAUCUUUUCAGAAAUCAUUAGACACGUAUAUUAAAAGAUAUUCAUUCACCAAUGCAAAAACUGAAGAUCUAUGGAGUGUUUUUCAAGAGGAAACUAAAGAGCCUUUUGAACAUAUGAUGUAUUCUUGGACAAAGCAAAAAGGGUAUCCGGUCGUAAAUGUGAUGAUUAAAGAAAAUAUCUUGGAGAUUAGUCAGUCUCAUUUUUUAUUGGAUGGAUCUUCCAGCGAUAGUCAAUGGAUUAUUCCUAUUACAUUAUCACAAGGUUCAUAUGACAGCCCCAAAACAUUUUUAUUAGAUUCAAAGUCUUCCAAGCUAAAUUUGACAGAUCAAGGCAACCAAGAGAAUUCUCAAACUACUUGGAUCAAAUUGAAUAUGAACCAAGUAGGAUUGUACAAAGUGCAAUAUGAUGAUGAACUCACAACCAGGCUAAGAAAUGCAAUACAAGCUAAUCAAUUGAGUGCAAUGGAUAAAUAUGGGCUUUUGGACGAUUAUUUUUCACUUUGCAAAGCUACCAAACAAACAUUAUCAUCUUUUUUGUCAUUAUUAAAUGCUUAUCGAGAAGAGACUAAUCCAUUCAUUCUAAGACGUAUUGGAAUGGCUGUAUAUGUUUCUAUAAUGCAAACGGUUAACACCACCAAUAGAUUUGGUUAUGAAUUUCUCUUAAAGGUCUACAAAGAAACAGAUGACUACGAAAAGGCACUCAUUUUAGCAUGUAUUGCAACAUGUCCAGAUUCAAACAUAAUCAUUGAAUCUCUCAAUUUUUUAUUAUCUUCCGAGGUUUCAAGUCAAAAUGUACCGGAUGGUGUGUCACUCAUCAAUAGAGCAAGUAGAGAAUUUGCAUGGACAUGGUUAAAGGAAAAUUGGGAUGAGAAAAUAUCAAAAAAAUUAUCGGGCAAAGGCUUAAGUAAUACAGUUUCAUCUAUUGUGAAAUUGUUUGGGACAAGUGAGAAGGCCACAGAAAUAUCAAACUUUUUUAAGAGCAGAAGCAAUCCUUUGAUUUCUGACACCUUGCGGCAAAGCCUUAAGCAAGUUAUGAUAAAAGAAAGGUGGAUUCAAUGUGUGAAAAAUGAGUUUACACUUUGUGACACAAUAAAGGAUUUAGUGAGAAAAGCACUUUAG